UUCCACACCUUCCAAUCGCCGAGGAAAUUUCGUCCGCUUCUGUCACGAUAAUAUUUUGUGUGCAUUUAAUUCGAUCGGUGGUCUCGUUUACGAUCAGGAAAGUCCGUGAAAAUAAGUGUUGUGUGAAAAAUGGCAUUGAAAGUUCUUGUUGGUCAAAAGAUUAUGAACGAAGUUAUUCGUUAUAAACCACCAGCACCGGCCGGCACAAAAAAGCCAGCCGCAGCAAAACCAGGCAAUGUGGAAUGGCGUGUGCUUGUGGUUGACAAAUUGGCGAUGCGGAUGGUUUCCGCUUGCUGUAAAAUGCAUGAUAUUAGCGCCGAGGGCAUUACUCUUGUUGAGGAUAUUCUAAAAAAACGUGAACCACUCCCAACAAUGGAGGCUGUGUACUUAAUUACACCAUCAGAAGAAUCUGUUCGAGGACUCAUGCGUGAUUUUGAUCAUCCCAAUCGACCAAUGUAUCGUGGAGCGCAUGUUUUCUUCACUGAAGUCUGUCCGGAGGAAUUGUUUAACGAACUUUGUAAAUCAUGUGCAGCAAGAAAAAUCAAAACUCUAAAGGAAAUCAAUAUCGCUUUUCUUCCAUAUGAAUGCCAGGUAUUCUCGUUGGACUCACCUGACACUUUCCAAUGUCUCUACUCGCCAAGUUUAUCUGCUGCCCGGGCUAAGCACAUGGAGCGCAUCGCUGAGCAAGUGGCAACACUCUGCGCUACACUUGGAGAGUAUCCAUCUGUUCGUUAUCGAAGUGAUUGGGACAAAAACGUUGAAUUAGCUAUGGCUAUCCAGCAAAAACUCGAUGCAUACAAAGCAGAUGAACCGACAAUGGGUGAAGGUCCUGAAAAGGCACGAUCACAACUAUUAAUUUUAGAUCGUGGCUUUGAUUGUGUUUCGCCACUUUUGCACGAACUCACUCUCCAAGCUAUGGCCUAUGACUUGCUACCAAUUGUUAAUGAUGUCUACAAAUACACACCAUCACCAAACACUGCAGAGAAGGAAGUUCUUCUUGAUGAAAACGAUGAACUCUGGGUGGAGUUGAGACAUCAGCAUAUCGCCGUUGUAUCGCAAGCCGUUACACAGAAUUUGAAAAAGUUCACUGAAUCGAAAAGAAUGACUCAAGCUGACAAACAGUCCAUGCGAGAUUUGUCGCAAAUGAUCAAAAAGAUGCCUCAAUACCAGAAAGAACUCUCAAAAUAUGCUACUCAUUUACAUUUAGCUGAAGAUUGCAUGAAAUCAUAUCAAAGCUAUGUGGACAAAUUAUGCCGCGUUGAACAGGAUUUGGCGAUGGGAACAGAUGCAGAAGGAGAAAAAAUUAAAGAUCAUAUGCGAAAUAUUGUUCCAAUUUUGCUCGACAAGAACGUGUCAAACUACGACAAAGUGCGCAUUAUUGCUCUCUACGUGAUGAUUAAAAAUGGAAUAUCUGAAGAGAAUCUUACAAAACUGUUCACACAUGCGCAACUAACACCAAAAGAUCAAGAUAUGGUUCGAAAUUUAAGCUUCCUCGGAAUAAAUGUUAUUGCUGACAAUAACCGCAAAAAGCCUUAUACAGUCCCACGAAAAGAACGUAUAACAGAGCAAACUUAUCAAAUGUCACGUUGGACGCCAGUUGUUAAAGAUAUAAUGGAAGAUUGCAUUGAAGAUAAAUUGGAUUCCAGACAUUUCCCAUUCCUGGCAGGUCGCUCACAGAAUCCCACCUAUCAUGCUCCAACAAGUGCACGAUAUGGCCAUUGGCAUAAGGAUAAAUCGCAAACAACCGUGAAAAAUGUGCCACGACUCAUCGUUUUCGUCGUGGGUGGAGCCAGCUUCUCGGAAAUGCGUUGCGCAUAUGAAGUUACAAACAACGUGAAAAAUUGGGAAGUGAUUCUUGGCACAUCACACAUUAUCACACCAGAAAUUUUCCUCACAGACUUGGGAUGUCUUAGCAAAGAGGAUUAAGUCCGAUACGAAUCGAAGCGUUCUGACAUUGAUUUGUCCGUCAUAUACAUACAUUCUGUUGCUAUCAUUAUGAAUAAUAUAAACGAUGAAAAAUAACAUACGCAAUAUUUAACGAGGAAUCAUGAAAUCAAAAAAGUUAUAACGCUAGUUAAUCAAUUUGUUACUUAUAUUACUCUUAUUGUUAAUAAUUAAGGAUAUGAAAGAAAAGCAAAAAAAAAUCCAAUUGAUUUAGGGAGAAACUUUGUAUUCUUCAAGUGAUGUUAAUUAAAAGUAAUAUUUUCUUCAAUUUACAUAUAUACACAUAUUGUAACCAAAGGAAAUCAUUAGAUUGUUGUUUUUUACAUUGGAUAUAGUUCGGAAGUUUUAUCUCCCGUCCCUUAUUAUUUCUUGCAAUUUUCGCACACAUACUUCCAGCUCAUUUUAGACGUGUAGUACAUUCAUAACGAUAGUCAUGCACUUUUCCAUCUAAGGAACCGAUAUUUUGAGGCUUCCAGGAAAAGGCUAUCUCGAAAAUAAAGAAGAAAAACACAGAAACAAUUGCAUUCUUCAAUAUGAAUAGAACAUGUUUCCUUGUAGGCUCGUAAGCUAUAAAGAAGAUAAAAUCGUAGAUUUCGACAUUUCGAACAAUAUAUUAUGUGAUAUUCAUCAAAUUGUAUAAAAUAUAACUGUUAAAUAAAUAAUAUAUCAAAUACACUGCUCCAUUCUAACUACGCAUUUAUCCGUUUCUCUUCUUUAUUUCUCAUAAGUUCUUUUAACAAACGGGGACGAGUUAAUGCUUCUAUGUGAUAUAUAUACAUUAAAUUUAAAAAUUACUAGAUUGCCUCAUCAUUAAUAUUUCUUCUUAUUCACAUUAUAUAAAAUUAGAACAAAAAAACUUAAAAAAAAAUGUUAAAAAUUUUUGAAAUACAUAUUCUACAAAAAUUAACCUACGAAUAUGAUAUUUAUACCUAAAAAAUACAAACAGUAAUUUUUCUCGUCAACAUUGCAUCAUAAUAAUAGCGAUUAAUCGAACUGCAACAAAUAUCAAUAAUUGUAUGGAACUAACGCUUGACAACAUACUCUCACACAAUAAAGUUUGGCUUAACCACCUUCACAGUACCAUAGGCAAAAAAUCAGCAACACUUCAUCUAUCCCGAAUAGAGUUGUGUUGAAAUUUGUUUGCAUCAGAGCAUUGUUAACUUAGCCACCAUCACUAUUAAUUAUAUUAUAUUGUACGAAGUCGUAUCGAAAUAUAUUUUAGCUUAUUUAUAACUGGAAUAAUUAGGUCAUACACUGAUGAAGAAUGAAAGUAUUAGAUGAAUAUAUACAACUUGAAAUGAGAAGAGUUGAAAUUUCGAACAUUUGUCAAUUUUCUUGUUAUUAUUAUAUAGCAAAAAAGAAACAUAACAAUAAAGGUGAUUGUAAAUGUAAUGAGAAGAAAUAAAAGACAACAGUUUUUCUGAAGACGUUAAAAA